GUAAUAGUACGACCCAAAUGGCCCGGAAGGGGCGUGAUCUAGACCGGAAGAGGAAGCACAGGGCCGUUUCAGAACCUCUCUAGCGGGUGUCAUGGCUGUCCCUUGCGCCUUAAUCACGAGCUGCGCCGCCGAGUUCCCCGGGGAAGAGCUGGUGAAACGUGAGUCGGCUCGACCCCCGUCAGCCUUCUUUCUUUUAAACUGCUGCGCCGUGGCGUCAUCUCUCGGCGCCGCCUCUGAUUUUGGCGCCGUUUCUCGUGGGAUUUUCACCUCCCCCGCAGCUGCGCGUUGCAGUAUUUAAGAACUUUCUCCCCCCUUGAAAUGCAAACUAGUUACUCAGUUACGUGGAGUUAGACUUGGAGCCUGUUUGCCAACCCCAGAGUUUCCCUCCUCUAAAAUCCGGGAAAUAAUGGAGUGUCCACGAGCAUGUGCAGAGUGUCAACAACAGACUUGCUCUCGGUGUCAGGCUACUAAUAAACGAGAGAGAGCGAGAUAAAGUAGACUUUAGGCCUGUGCUAAUUGCUCUUCUGAAGUGUGAGGAGUAAAGUGGGUUAUGGAAGGUGCUCAGAGAUCAGACGCUGAACCUUUGUAUUCAUAUCUUCAGACUUGUGAAGUAAUAAAGAGUGCUUUGGAGUAUAUGCAGAGAUCAUUUUACUUGCCUCCUUGGUGGCCACAAUCAGUCCUCGCAUAGGUGGGAAGGGCUGUCACAUUGGAGACCCAUUUCCUCUCCUCUCUUAUCCUUCCUCCAGUACCUCCCGUAUUCUGCAUUUCACAUUUCUCUUGAUCUGGUGUUCUCCAAAUGUACCUCUUUGGUAUCUGCCAUCUGUACAGCACACAAUAUCUGUGCAAAACAUUGCAAUGCCACUUUUCUAGUAUAUGCCCAAAACAGGUUAUAAUAAAACAGUUAAAACAUAUAAUACCAAUAAUGUAAUUGUUAGAUAGGCAAAUGGCAGCAAUUUAAAACCCGCAGAAGCAAAAGGCAUUGUCUGGAUCCUCAUUUGUUGCAAUCCGUUAACCAUAGCUGCUGUUUCUCAUAUAAUGGGAACUAUGGUUAACUCUGGAUAGUUAGUCUAUUUUUCUCCUUGUGCAAAUGGACUGUGGGUGGAUGCAACAAAGCUUUUACAUAAUCUGGUUUAUUAAACCAAAAUUUGAUCAUGUGAACAGCCUGUAGAUUUUCUUGCAAUUCUGUGAGAGGUUUUCUGAAGUUUACUCCAGCAGGUGGCUCUCCAGACACAUAAAGCAGGAGCUCUGUUUGCAUACUUUCCCAAACCGGAGAGAAUUAAAUGAGAUCACUUUAAAAAGCAUUUGAAGGAAUCACAACUGCUUAUACUAUGAAGUAAGCUGAAUACCUGUUGGGAACACUGUCAAAAGUCAGGCUAGAAGGAAUUUGUAGCUUGCUAGAGCAGCUAGUAGUAACAUACAAAGAAUUUUGUGUGUGUGUUUGUGUUCUGGAUUGAAGUCAUAAAAACAGCCACCUAUUGAUUUGAAGUGGAAAUUCCGCUUUUGCACAGUCACGGUCUAGUCUCUGGGUAGGCUGGACUGGAAUCUGUGGCAAUAUGAUAUUUUUUAUAUUAAUUGAUGUACCAUUACAUAUAUGAAAUACAACAAAACAAAUAACAAAUGCAUGGAGAAGAGAACAUAAGAGAACAUAUAACCAAAUAUGAAUGCAGUCAUAGCUGAAAUCAUCAUACAAGUAUAUUACAAUGUGAUUACUCCCAAAUCAGAUUUCCAAAACAAUAAUUGAGACGACAGGAGGUUGAAUUUCUGGCAGCCCUGUGUUGAUGUAUAUAUGAGUCUUGCUUAGUUGUGUCUGCGGUCAUUUGUUGUACACUCCAGUGGUACUACAGCUGAAAUCUACCUGGGACCACAGCUGCUGAUGUGGACACUGCCUUCGAUCCUGAGUGAGAGAAGGUGGGCUAUAUCAGUGUGGGGAAUUGUUACGGGUUGGCAGGCCAGAUCCUUAUCACCCCACCAUCCCCAUAGGCCUAUUUUGACAGAUGGGUGGGAUCACCCACCUGCCAGUAAUAAAGACACCAGGUGAUUGAUGCGUGUCAAAGUUCAAAAGAGGACAUAGUGAUCAGCAGUCAGCUGAUUGUCACUUGCAGCAACAUCCUUUGAAGAUGCAUGUUCAAGCACCAAUCAGCUGUUUGAUGCUGGGAGUAGAUCUUCAGAGAAGCUCCUUGUAAGUAACGGAAAGAUGAACCUUGGUUGCAUGAAGUCCUUUUGAAGUCUCUGCAGAGGAGGAAAUGCUUCUUAAAAUGGAUUAUUUCCCCCUCUGCAGAAAAAGCAGCUUGCAUUCAAAGCACUCAGGGAACUGGUUUGAAUAUAAACUGCUGCCUCCAAUGUGGGGGGGGGGACCUUCAGGAGCUUAACUUGAAACGAGAAAGGACUUCUGCUUUUGUUUGUUCUUGGCUAUAGCUCAUAGUGAGAAGAGAGAUUAACCACAAUUCCUGGCACGGCAUGGCAGUAAAAAGGAGCAAAGUGGCUUCAAGCACAUUUGCAAAAUCAUAGAAAGCCAUAUCAUAGACAAACAGGCCAAACCCUACGGCAAAGGAUAAAUGGACAUAAAUCUGACACCAGGAAUCACAAGACAGAGAAACCAGUAGGAGAACACUUCAGUCUCCCAGGACAUUCUAUACAAGAUCUCAAAGUAGCUGUCUUAUUACAAAAGAAUUUCAGAAAUAGACUGGAAAGAGAAGUUGCUGAAUUGCAACUUAUUACCAAACUUAAAACCAUGGAGAGACCUGAAUAGAGACAUUGGAUUCUUAUCUCAUUAUGCAUGAUAAAGCUAUUUUUAGCCAUCUCACCCCUUGCUUUUUCCUGUAAGACCAACUGCAGUUGUUAACAGUCGGUUUACCACACCUAUCAGCCAUUCCCACCACCCUUCUGAGUAAUACCCCUCCCCACCCUCUCACUAUAUAUAAGGGUCUGGUGACUUCUGUUUCAGUGUAUAUGAAGAAGCGUUCAUGCACACGAUAGCUCAUACCGAUAACAAACUUAGUUGGUCUCUAAGGUGCUACUGGAAGGAAUUUUUAAAUUUUGUUUCGACUAUGGCAGACCAACACGGCUACCUACCUGUAGUAAUAUCAUGGUUUGCCUUACUGUGUCAUGUGAAUCAUACCACUGCAUAUGUGAUUUAAGCAAUUGUUCAGUCUUCUUGCUUUCCCCUGUUCUACACUGACCUCUUGCAUGCAGAACCGGCCCUCUGGUUCAGAUGGGAGCCCAAGUCCACCCCUGUUCAACGUAGUUCACUUUGCAAAUGUGAGUGAGUUGGGUGCCUGCUACAGCAGAUCUUCUUUGUCAGAGCGCAGUGGGAAGGUGUCAAAGAGCUGGCUUGCGUUUUGUGAAAACACAAACCACAGAGGUUGGCCUUGAGGCGAGCUGAAGUGUUGUGGUCACCGAGUGCGUCUGUUGAUUUUUCAAAGCUCUUUGGAUGUGAAACCACAGACCUUCCCUAUGGUUGUGAAGAUCAAAAAUGAAAAGCGAGCAAUUCCAUCGAGACACGGUUGUUUCCAAACCCACGUACUUUUGCCUUUAUAGCAGUUUUCUGAAAAGCCUUUUUUGGGGCCAAAAGCAAGUGUGGACUUGAAAGCUUAUCCUAAAAUGGUUAUGUUCUCUCCAGCUAGAUAUAGAAAGGUAUCAUUAUAGUGGGAGGGCUCUAUGAUAUUUGCAUGAAAACGUACUCUGCUUUUGAGGGAAACUUCUGAAACCCAACGGCUUGAGUGCAUCUAUUCCAAGGUUCUGGAGGGCUUGUGGGUGCUAUUGCACGCUAGUGUGUGGGAUGUAAGUUAAAGUUGGAGCUAUUUGAUACAAAUGGAUCACAGAUGAAUCAGGUUGCCUCUCCCUUUGGCUAGGCUAAGAGCUACUUUUAUGGGAAGGCCACUUAUGGGAUGAAGGUGGGCCACAGCUCCACCCAACCCACAGAGUGGGCUGCCAGGAAGCCCUGCUGCCACAAUCAUCUCUCUCUUCACACACUUUUUGUUGUCUCUGUGUUAACAACUGGAGCGGGGAAACUGGCAUUCCUUAGUGACUACCUUUGCCUCCACAAACCUCUUGUUCAUUUCCAGAAGCUCUUCUCUGGGCCCUAUCUCUGCCUAUGGUGUAGUAGUGGUGACCAGAAAGAGAGCUUGGUUUGCUGUGACCUACCUGAGAGGUCUUAGUAUUAGUGUUACCGUUUGUUUACAAAAUUUCAGACUGUGUUUCAUUGUGUCAUGGGCUAUAUGAAAUUGUGCUCUUGUUUUUAUUGCUGAUCAUUUUAUUUCAAAAUAGUUUUGAGCUAUUAUAUGAGAAGCGAUUCAUAAAUCAAAUCAAUUAAAUAGUAAUUCCAGGGCAGUUUCUUAUGUAUUACCACAGGUACCAAAAUCAUGUAAAAUAAAAACAGCCAUUAAACACCCCACUCCCAAAGUAAAACAGCAACAUGAGAAAAUACAAAACUCAACAAGUGGCAAUCACUAAUUUUCCUGGGAAAAUAAAAAUGUUUUCACUUGGUGCCAUCAGUUUCUGGCAUCCGUGCCUCCAUGGGAAGGGAGUUCCACAGUUGGAGGAGCCACAACAGAGAAGGUUCUUGCAUCCCUACCCAGGGGCCAAGCUCACCAGCCGGAUGAGAAGAGCCUCCACACAGCCUACUGCAGGGUCUGGAAUGGUUGAUAUUUUCCCAGCACUAGUCAGCAUGAUGACCUUCAGAUGCUGUUGAUUUACAGCUGCCAUCAUUUUCUCUGACUACUGGCUAAGGCUGAUGGAGUUCGUUUACAUCUGGACAGCACCAUGUUGGCUAGCCCUGAGCAUGUUAACACAUUUUAUAACUGGCUUUAGUAUUCUCAUUGCCUUCCUGAAUUUUAAUGAUUUUAUGGAUUUAGCUGUAGGUCCUUCAAGUUGCAGAUACAGUGGAACCUCGGGUUGUGGACGUGAUCCUUGACGGAGGCAUGUCCGCAACCCACAGCGUUUGUAACCAGCAGUGCUGUAUCUGCACAUGCGCGUGAUGUGAUUUGGCGUUUCUGCGCAUGCACAAGUGGCGAAACCCGGAAGUAACCCUUUCCGGUACUUCCAGGUUUCCCACAGUACGCAACCUGAAAACGCGUCUGUAACCCAAGAUACCACUGUACCUAGAUGAGAUGGCAAUUCUAGGCUUACUUGUAUGAACAAUCCUGUUUUCAUUGAGGUUGUGUACAGGAGUGCAGACUCACUCUCUUCUCUCAUUUGACUAGAGUACUAUUUGGUGUGGGUGACAUCUCUUUCCUUUGGUCAUAAAGCUCACAGUGUGGUCAACACACUUUAUUACCUUCUCUGCUACCUUGCAUGGUAGGAAAAUAAGAAGGGAGGGAUGAUGUAAUCUGCUUUGAGCUUGGAGAAAAGGCAGGGUUGAUAAGUAGUAAAUACAGUGGUACCUCAGGUUAAGUACUUAUUUGUUCCGGAGGUCUGUUCUUAACCUGAAACUGUUCUUAACUUGAGACACAACUUUAGCUAAUGGGGCCUCCCGCUGCUGCCACGCAGCCAGAGCACGAUUUCUGUUCUCAUCCUUAACCCGAGGUACUGUUUCUGGGUUAGCGGAGUCUGUAACCUGAAGCGUAUGUAACCUGAAGCAUAUGUAACCCGAGGUACCACUGUAAACUGAAGGGGAAAAGAAUAGUAGUCACUUAAUACUCACUAAUGGCUUAUUACUGGAAUAGUGGGAAAGGACCAUAGCUCAGCGAUAGCAUCUGCUCUGCAUGAACAAGGUCCCAGGCAUCUGAGGAGACCCCUGCCUGAAAUCCUGGAGAGCUUCUUGCAGUCAGUGUGGCAAAUACUGGCCUAGAUCAACUUGGUAUAAGGCAGCUUCUUAUGCACCCACCAAAAUGACGUCAACAAUGCUGCAGAGGCUUUGGAUUUAUUUAUUUACAGCAGGGGUUUGGAACCUACCUUUCCCUCCUCCUCACUGGGCAACUUUGCCAGAUGGGCAGGCAGCUGGAAAGGGGCUUUCCUUUGAAGUUGGCCUGCAAUCAGUUUCAUCGCUGACUGCUUUGAAGUAGACUUCAAGGUGAUUUUGCUGCACCUUUAUGUGCCUCACACCUGACCUCAUCAGGGAUGGGGCAGGUGUGUGUGGUUUGGGGAAAAUGGCCUCCUGGGUCUGAUUAGGAGGUUUCUCCACCCCAAUGUGCAGCAUUUUUAUGCCCCCCGUUAACAACAAAUUCACUGGGUGAUGAAGAGAGCAUCUGACUAACAAUAACAGCAAACCAUUCCUACAGUAACAUCUGUUUGGGCAAGAUUGUGAAGCAUGUUCUGGGUGUCCCUCUUUUCUUUCCACACUCCCAGGGCUUCCCAAAGAGGACAGGGGGUGUGAGGUCAUGAUCACCACCUCUUAAGGUCCUCCAUAUGUUCCUCUUUCAGGUAUUAUUGGGACAAAUGAGCUUCCUGAAGAUGUUUCCACAGGCAGCGGAGCCCGGUUUUACCCCUGGACAAUAGAGAAUAAAUACUACUCGGCUGACAUCCAUCUCUGCGUUGUGACAAAUCAGUUCCUCGUGACAGCUGAAAUUGCUGAGUCAGUGCAAGCCUUCUUGGUUUAUUUUGACAGCACAUCAGUGAGUACUUCAGAACUUCAGUGCCUGCCUGUCUUAAUGGAUCAUGUGUGAUCUUUUAAAAUUGCUGCUGGGUUUGCUUGCUAGUUUGUUUUGCUUUCAAGGAGGGGGUUUGGUCUUGUUAUUAGAGUUUACUUUUGUUUUGUACUGUUGUCAGUUUCCUGUAACCUGCCUUGUGUACUUUUGUUAGAAAGGCAGGGAAUGAAUUCAUGAAUAAUAAUUUUGAUCUCUGCAACCCUCUGUCCCUUGAAAUUAUAAUGGCCAAUUCUGGAACUGACAAAUAACUUGGUAAGUUCCUUGAAAGUGGUUUUAAGGUUGCCUGCCCCAAAACUGAGGUAAGGAAGAACUUGUAAAAAGCAAGAGGGAAUUCUUGUUUAUAUUUUGCUCCCAGACUCUCAGGAACACCAUCAUGCGAUAAUUCCAGCAUGGAUAUUUAUGUGCCUUUUAAUGUUGGCUACUUUCCUCUCAUAUUAAAUUGAUGCAGUUGUUAGAAUGUUUUUCUCUCUCUUCAACAACACCUAUGUUGUGUAAAUUAGCCUUUGCCAACUUGCUCUUUUGGUUCACAACUGCUAUGCUGCCUGGAGCUCAUGGGAGAUAUGAACCAAAAUAUCUGGAGGGCACCAGGUUGCUGCAAGCCUUUUUGGCUCUGUUUUCAGAACAACACCAUCCCAAUUUUUGGAAAUUCCAGCUGAGCUACGUCAUUACCAUUUAUAUUACACAUACAUAAUGCUUGUAGAAAAAAGUUUCCUGAGAAAUUGUUAAGCAAUUUCUAUUUGUUUUAUAUGAAUUUGUAUAGCAGUCAGGGGUUGCCAGUGUGGACUAGUUGGACUCCAGAUAUAUAGUUAGGUUUCCAACUUCCAUCAAACUCAGCUGGCUGAGCCAGUGAUCAGAAAUACUGAGUUGCAAUUCAGCAAAAUAUGGAGGGCAUCACUUUGACUACCCAUGGGUAGUUUUGUUUACUUGGGAUAGCUUUAUUACUUAUGUUAUUGUGAGAGGGUCUCUGUUGUUGUCGUUUAGUCGUGUCCAACUCUUCAUGACCCCAUGAACCAGAGCACGCCAGACACUCCUGUCUUCCACUGCCUCCCUCAGCUCGGUCAAACUCAUGUUCGUAGCUUCGAAAACACUGUCCAACCAUCUCGUCCUUUGUCAUCCCCUUCUCCUUGUGCCCUCAAUCUUUCCCAACAUCAGGGUAUUUUCCAGGGAGUCUUCUCUUCUCAUGAGGUGGCCAAAGUUUUGGCACCUCAGCUUCAGGAUCUGUCCUUCCAGUAAGCACUCAGGGCUGAUUUCCUUCAGAAUGGAGAGGUUUGAUCUUCUUGCAGUCCAUGGGACUCUCAAGAGUCUCCUCCAGCACCAGAAUACAAAAGCAUCAAUUCUUCAGCGAUCAGCCUUCUUUAUGGUCCAGCUCUCACUUCCAUACAUCACUACUGGGAAAACCAUAGCUUUAACUAUACGGACCUUUGUCAGCAAGGUGAUGUCUCUGCUUUUUAAGAUGCUGUCUAGGUUUGUCAUUGUUUUCCCCCCAAGAAGCAGGCGUCUUUUAAUUUUGUGACUGCUGUCACCAUCUGCAGUGAUCAUGGAGCCCAAGAAAGUAAACUCUCUCACUGCCUCCACUUCUAUUUGCUGGGAGGUGAUGGGACCAGUGGCCAUGAUCUUCGUUUUUUUGAUGUUGAGCUUCAGACCAUAUUUUGUGCUCUCCUCUUUUACCCUCAUUAAAAGGUUCUUUAAUUCCUCCUCACUUUCUGCCAUCAAGGUUGUGUCAUCUGCAUAUCUGAGGUUGUUGAUAUUUCUUCCAGCAAGCUUGGGAUUCAUCCAGCCCAGCCUUUCACAUGAUGAAUUCUGCAUAUAAACUAAAUAAACAGGGAGACAAUAUACAGCCUUGUCGUACUCCUUUCCCAAUUUUGAACCAGUCAGUUGUUCCAUGUCCAGUUCUAACGGUAGUUUCUUGUCCCACAUAGAGAUUUCUCAGGAGACAGAUGAAAAGGAAAUGCAAGAAAGCAAAGAGGGUCUCUGGCUAUAUUCAAAUGUUGUGUUUACCAUUAGGCAGCAUUACAGUAUUACUUUUGCACUUUUGUAACAGGUUUGUUGGUUAAAUAGUAAACUUGACAUCAAAGUUUUAAAAACGUUUUUGAAAAAGUUUCUCUAGCUCCCAGCGGACUACAACGCAGGAGUGCUCUCUUCUCCAUGCGCCAGAAGACUGGUUCGUUUCCAGAAGGGAGACCUCCCACUUUUGCUCUAGAGCUAAUCUUUCUGUUGCCUUCUCAGCAAACAAGCACAGGACUCUCUUGUGACAAGCACCUCUUCUGGUGACAUAGUGUUUCAUUGGUUAAUGUGCAUUUUAGUGGGGUGGACUCUUGUUCCUUGUUCCUUUUGUUAGAGUGGACAUCUGCCAGGUCUAGCAUUUACAUUGCUAAGUUGAGCUAUAUCACUGCAUCACAGUGGCACUUCGAAGGAAGUGGGCUGUGACUCCUCCAAGGAGGACAUCUUUGAGGCUGACAGUGCAAGUUUCUGUUUUGAUGCUUGUAAGAUUUCCUCCCUGGAGUGAAGGUGGUUGAAAACAAGAGUUACAAGUAGCUGAACCACUAUCUAGACGUGUUAUCUUUUCUCAGUUUCAUUCACCUCCGUGUCUAGUCAAAUUGGAGAUGCUUGUUUGUUGCUAAGUGGUGGCAAUUAAAGGACAGGAGGAAAUCAAGUGUGGAGUAAUUGAGCAAUGUUCUCAAAAGCAAUGGAAGCAAUUUUGGAACCCAAAUCUCUUUCCUGCCCCAUCAAAAACCAGCAUUUACAAGCAAGAGUUGGAUUUGCAUUCCAAAUCCCACUUCGUAUAUAUCCUUGAGCAAGUUGCUCUGUCACAUAUUCAGUUCCUGUCAAACUGCAACUGUAAAUGAUAUGCCUUCCACUGCUGCUCUGUGCACAAAUUAGGAGUGUGUUUCAUUUUUCACAAAAUGACCCUGAUUCCCAAAAUUAUUACCCAGAGCAACUAGAUAUAGACUUACAACGCUGUCCUGUGCCUGUUGACUUGCCUGCCAGUCUUCUGCAUUUUUCUUCUUUGCCCUUUGGUUGGCAACUGGGGGCCAGGUAAGCAGUGCUUGGGUAGUAGGAUUUGACCCAGGGAAUUCUAGCAGCUGACCCCUAAUCGCACUAAGGACAUCACAUUAAAAUAUAUUUAUGUCUUGCUUUUUUCACGUGAGUGGCUUUUCUUCUGGAGAUGAUCUCUUGUAUUUUAAUCUCUCUUACUCUCAGCUAUGCUUUCUUAUCAGGGCUAUGUUAUUUAUUUACUUUGACAUUUAUAUACUGCUUAAUCAUUAGCAUUUCUAAGUGGUGUACAUAAAAAUAAACUAUGCAGAGAAUAAACAAUUAAACCUAAACACUACCAUAAAAUGCCUGCUGGAAUAAGAAAGUCUUUGUCACUGUGCACCUGAAGUUCAGAAAGGAGAGUGCCUCUCUAUAACGGUACUUAAUGAACUUUCACUUGUAAUACUAAAAAAAUAAAAUUACCUAGAGAAGAAGGUCAGCAACCUCUGUGUAAUUUUUAUAGAUCUCUGGGUUGGACAGCAUCUCUCCGUGGCUCCCCCUCAUAGAAGAGUGGCUACCAGAAGUGAUGAUCUUAGUCUGUGACAGAGUCUCUGAAAAUGGUAAGGCAACAAGGCCAAGGCUUUGGGAGGGUGGGCAUGACUGUUCUGGCUGGGGUUGAUGGGAGUUGAAGUCCAGAAUGCAUGGCAAGAACUGGGUUGGCGAACGCUGCUCUCCAUCCUAGUAAGAUAGCACGGUUUGUGAUCAUGUGCUGAAUGCUGACCCUGACUGUGUAUUUAUAUCCCACUUUUCUUCCAUCAUGGGACUCAAGAAGACAAUUUGAGUUCUGCGUCAGCUGCAUUGAUCAGGUUGUUGAAAGUCCCACCUUCUGUUCUGCAGUUUCCAGCCUUUAAUGGCAGUAUAAAUUAGUUUAAGUGUGAUAAUAUAUGAUGGCAAGAACAAGUUGCCCAUAUAUAGCUUCUAGGACAAAAUAAGAACCUUCCCCAAGGCAUUCCAUCCAAGGAGCUCCCAGUACUGUGGUUCUAAUGUGGCUGCAAAAGGAAGUGCAUCUAUUGUUGGCAAAAACCAGAUUCCGUUUAUUUUAGGCAUCAGCCGACAGAAAGCGCAAGAGUGGUGCAUCAAGCACGGCUUUGAGUUGGUGGAGCUCAACCCGGAAGAGCUGCCAGAUGAGGACGGUGAGUUUCCCUCCACUUCCUCCUUCCAUGAAGUUAACUUUGCUACCUGCCUGCCAGGUUUUUGCCUAGAUUUCUUAGAUUCUUAUUUCUGGGCACGCUUCUUCUCUAGCUUCUCUGCCUGCACUGGUGCCGUCUGUUGUUGGUGACAGACACAGCACCAGAAUUACGAAUCAGCAUUGUACCUUGUGCCAUGGCUGCAAGCUGCCUGCCGGUGCUUUAGGGACAUAGGAUGCUGCCUUAUACUGAGUCAAACCAAUAGUCCAUCUAGCUCUAUAUUGUCUACAUUGACUGCCAUUGGCUCUCCAGAGUUUCAGACAGGCAGUAUUUCCCUGUCUUGCCUAGAGAGGCUGGGGAUUGAACCUGGGAUCUUUUGCAUGCAAAGCGGAUGCUUUGCCAUUGAGCUACGGCCCUUCCCCAUGAAACAGCAUGCCACAUCAUAAUCUCUUUCCUAGUUUUAAAAAUUGCUGGUUUAGAGCCCAGUGGGAAAAUUUCAAGGUGAUUCAUCAGUUUAACAAUAAAAUUGAACCAGCUAAAUUGUUCCCAGUCUUUCGAUGGCAUCACAGUUUCUCUGGCUUCUUUUGACUCUGUGCAGGAGAAAAUCUGUAGACAAAUGCUAAAGGCGAUCAGACAGAAGUUAUUGGUUGGUGUUCCUUUCUUUUUUUCUUUUUUUAACCCUUCUUCAUUGAUUCCAAUUUGAAAACUGAGCUAGAGCAAAAGUCAGCUUUGACAGAGAGUAACAGCUGGCUGAGAACUCAGUAUUACAUUUUUCAUCUUUGUUCCAAGCUCUUUAUUUGCAUCUCACUCUCCUCCAAAGGUUCAGGAUGGGUAACACAUUUUGGAGUGUAAGUUGAAAGUGAGAGUGAUAUUAUGCACCUUAACCAAAGAAAGUCUGUGUCGUUUUGGGAAAUUGAAUGAAUAUAUGUUUAUCUGCUGAAUAUCUGAGAAAGUUCCCCAGAAUUUACAGAAUGGCUUUAAAAAAUAAGAAACAGCAACAUUAUCACAGGCUUCUUUGUGUGUUUAAAUAAGUGCACCCAGAAUUCCUAACUAAAUUAAGAGAUUAGUGCCUUCUUCCCAGUUUCUUAAUCUGUUGAUUGGUUUCUGAAGAAGCCUUUUUAAAAGCACGUUUCCUUUCCCCUCUCUGCUUCUUUAGACGACUUUCCAGAAUCGACAGGAGUGAAGCGAAUCAUCCAAGCCUUGAAUGCCAAUGUUUGGUCAAACGUGGUGAUGAAAAAUGGUACGUCAUUUUCGGUCUGCUUUUUAAAAAUGUUGUCUCUUCCUCUAUAUAGCUUCCUCUGCUCUCUCACUGCUUUGCUCUCACUGCUUUGCUCAGGCUCCUCUUCACGCCUUCAUUCUGUGUCAGAAUUUGCACUCGAGGCUUAUGAGAAAUUAAAGCUCAUUCAAGCAGAGCCCUGGCAGCCGAGCCACCAGCCUCAGCUCGCUCUAGCCCCUAGAACUAGAAAUGAAGCUCCCUCUGGUGCUCUGUGCUUCACUUCUAUAUUUACAGCCUUCCAUCCCAUCACAGAGCAAUGGCUCGGAGCACAUCUCCUUAAACAGGGUCUGAAAUGGUCUGGGUUGCAGGAGGCACCUGGCUGGACUGAUUCCCCAGCUGCUUGGAACUGGAUGCAUUUCCCUUGCAAGUGAAGAGAAACAAAAAGUUCCUGGAUUGGUCAGAUAACGUCACCUGUUUGGACAUAUAAUUACAUUUGAGAUUUGAUACUAGCCGGAAGUAGUGUUGACACACUGGAUUGUCUUGUUCCGUAUUCCUUUCCCUUCUUCUUUCUUCUUAUAUUCACAUUCAUUCACAUUUCUAUCUUGCUUUUCCUUAGGGCGAUGUACCUCAUUCUUCCCCUCUCAGUUUUUCAUCACAAUAACCCUGUGAAAUUGUUUAGGACAAGAGUGUGACAGAUCCAAGGUUGCUCAGGGAGCUUCGUGGCUGUUGGGAUUUGACCCCUGGUCUCUCCCAGCUCCUAGUCCAGCACUCUGACCACUGCACCACCCUUUCCAUUGUGUUUUCUCACCUCAAAGAUUUCUGGGUGGGCAGGGGUGAACUUGUGUGGAGAUUGACCUUGGGGUUUUGCAUCCCUGUAUCAUGCUGAAGGGACGCGGGUGGCGCUGUGGGUUAAACCACAGAGCCUAGGACUUGCCGAUCAGAAGGUCAGCGGUUCAAAUCCCUGCGACGGGGUGAGCUCCCGUUGCUCGGUCCCAGCUCCUGCGAACCUAGCAGUUCGAAAGCACAUCAAAGUGCAAGUAGAUAAAUAGGUACCGCUCCAGCGGGAAGGUAAACGGCGUUUCUGUGCGCUGCUCUGGUUUGCCAGAAGCAGCUUUGUCAUGCUGGCCACGUGACCCGGAAGCUGUACACCUUCAGCCAAUAAAGCGAGAUGAGCGCCGCAACCCCAGAUUCGGUCACGACUGGACCUAAUGGUCAGGGGUCCCUUUACCUUUACCUAUCAUGCUGAAUACAUGACAGCUGAGACUCUGUGCUUUGAAUACUCCACCCUCCUUAGUUCCAUAAUAACAGAAUGAGCCAUCAAUGGUAUCAAGAGCACAUUUGCUCAUUUGGGGGAAUGCACAAGGCUAACCACUUGGUGGCUUCAAGGUGGGAGUUUUCAGACCUCCUUUCUUUAAGUUGGCACUCACAGAUGUUAACACGUCACAGCAGAGCAAACUCUGUAGGACUCCACCGGGGAGGGAAAUUUCCCUUUGAUUGCACAGAUGGUUACAAAAAACUCAGGGGGCUUCUGAAUUUAACUUCAGUGUGGCACCAUUGUAGCAAAUGGCAGAAGAGGUGCCCCGACCCUUGUAGCGCAGGGGAAGCCUGCUUGGGAAAGUUGUUGUGUCUUCCCCAGAGAGCAGCCUAGUUACUGGGCAGACAUCUCUCUCUAGUCGUGGCUGGUGGCUUAAGCAAAAUGAGGGGUGGGUGGAGGUUAGAACUCACCUCUAGCCCAAGAUGGUUCUUGCAUAGGAAUUCUACCCCUGGUUAUCCCUUAUCCAACCCUAGAUCCACAGUCACAGCCUUCUCCCAUGAUGCGUAUGUCAGUCAGCUGAUCAGCAGCUACACGAAGCUCCUGCUUAUGUUUUUAUACAGCGAGCCCACCUCACACACAAAGUGAUACAGGAAGGGCUUCUGCUUCCCCCUCGGAACUGGCAUCACUUCAAGUGUUAAACUCACAGCUCUUUCUUUUCAGAUGUGAAUCAAGGCUUUGGCUUCCUUCCUGCUUUAACGGGCACAAGUCGCAGGCUUAGGACAGAAGAAAACGAAGCUCCAGAAGUAAACAGUAAUUUUUAAAAAUCCUUUUUUUUAAUUCUCCUUGCCUCCUCCACCCAAAAAUCCUUCUUUGUCCAUUCUUUCUUGCACUCCUGUCCCCUUUAUCGCAGCUAUGAGCUUCCUUUGUGGGUUAAAUUGGUCAGUUUACAGGUCCAUAACUUAAGCUUAUCACAGCCAUGAGGACUAGGAAUUUAACUUGCUCUUUACCUUUUUAGAAAGCCCCAAACACCUCAGAUUCCACGGAUACUAAAUUCUUUGCCCAGUACCAAAUCCUGCUCUGUUCUUAGCAGUGGGGAACAAAACCAGUCCUGUCAGGGCUUGUGGGAAAAUUCCCUUCCACGUUGGUCUGGGACUUGUGGCCUGUGAAAGCCAGAAGACCAGCUCUCUUGUUGCCUAUGUUGUAUCUAAUUUCAUUUCUCCCUCCCCACCAGCCUGAUCCCUUGCCAGUGGAGAGAGCUGUCGAUGCAGGAGAAGACGUGGCUGAUGCAAACAGCCAGCAAGCUGACCCCGCUGCUGGUGAGGAAUUAUCUUUUCUUUGGGAGAAAACAGCAAGCAAGGCCAAACUUCUUGCUGGGAGCAGCUAGGGCUCUGCCCCUCCAGCAAGCAGCUGGCAGGUCACAGCUUCCCAUUUGCCCCAAUGCUGUGGGCUGAAUUUGUUUGAAUUGGGGGGUGUCUUUGGGUCCACCCCUUUGCUUGGUGCAAAUGUAUAUGGUCAAAAUCAGGCAUAGGCAAACUCGGCCCUCCAGAUGUUUUGAGACUACAGUUCCCUUCAACCCUGACCACUGGUCCUAUUAGCUAGGGAUGAUGGGAGUUGUAGUCCCAAAACAUCUGGAAGGCCGAGUUUGCCUAUGCCUGGUCUAAAUCCACUUAGCUUUUCUUUAAAUUUCUUGAUGCAAAUGUAACAAACAGAGGAGACGCCUGAUGUUGGCUGCAGCUGCUGUUAGUAAUUGCCAUUCAGUGAUAUUUGUGUGUGUUUAGUGAACUGGCUUUUAAAAUGGGUUUUAUGUAUUCUCAUUUACUUGUUUUUGUUGCAAACUGUGGCUUAAAAAUUGUUGAAAGGAAAAAAAACAGCACCAGCUCAUAUUAUUUUUUAUAUAUAUAUAUAUAUAUAUAUAUAUACACACACACACACACACACACACACACACACUCAUACAUAUACAUACAUAUAUAUAUAUAUAUAUAUAUAUAUAUAUAUAUAUACACACAAAAUCAAUCCUGACUUGUAGAUUAAUAUAGGUAGUCCAUAUGUCCAAAUAGAUAGCCAAAGGAGAUGGGCUGUAAAUGUGGAUAUACAUUCAUUCUGCUCUUAUGAUUCUUACAGAUCCUAUGCUCGAUAUGGAUAUUCAAGAGCUUGCAAGCCUCACUGCAGGAGAGGGAGACCUAGAGAACUUUGAGCGAUUGUUCUCUAAGCUGAAGGAAAUGAAAGGUACUGCCCAUCUUGUGUAUGACACAGUCUCUUGCAAGCCUUUCUAUUUGGGCCAGCAGUUCUUGGCCACAAGUGAAGUUUCCUAUUUGUUUUUAAUCGGGGAGUUAAGAUUUCAGUAUAGAUUCUACUCUGCUUUCUGUUUUCUAGUGGUGGGUAAAACUCUCCUUGUCAGACUUAAGGGCGGAAAUGUUUUCUAAAACUAGAAAGAAAGUUUGGUUUUAAUCUGAGCUUGCUUCAUCCCCAGUGAUGUCACUGAGAGGGCGGUAGAAUCUGACUCUUCCUCCUUGCCACUCUUUGUAGCUUUUGCAACACAGUCAUACCUCACAUUGUGUCCGCUUCAGGUUACGUGUUUUCGUGUUGCAUCCUGUGGCAACCUGGAAGUACCGGAAUGGGUUACUUCUGGGUUUCACCGCUCACACAGAAGCACUAAAUUGCACCACAUGCAUGCACAGAUGCGGCACUUUGGCUUGCGUCAGUUCCAUGUUACAGACGGGCCUCCAGAACGGAUCUCGUCCAUAACACGAGGUUCCACUGUAGUGACAGCAAAGGAAUGAAGUAAGGUAUCUCCUCCUCCUACAGAGAAAUGCAAGUGGCCCUAGGAAAAUUGAAUUUCCCAGUACUCCUUGCACCUGGCACACUGCUAUACAGUGGUGCCCCGCAAGACGAAUGCCUCGCAAGACGAAAAACGCGCAAGACGAAAGAGUUUUCCGUUUUUUGAGUCGUUCCGCAAGACGAAUUUCCCUAUGGGCUUGCUUCACAAGACGAAACGUCUUGAGAGUUCUUGCGAGUUUGUUUCCUUUUUCUUAAAGCCGCUAAGCCGUUAAUAGCCGCUAAGCCGCUAAUAGCCGUGCUUCGCAAGACGAAAAAACCGCAAGACGAAGAGACUCACGGAACGGAUUAAUUUCGUCUUGCGAGGCACCACUGUAACAGCAUCUCAGGCAUGGAGGGGGAGAGGAAGGAUGCGGCCUGCCUCCUAUUACCUUGUUAGCACAGUAAAGGUAAAUGAGAGGUUUAGGAGAGCAAAGAUGGAGGAUUAAAAGCUGAUCCAGAGAUGAAUAUUUGGCCUCUCAGUGCUAUUUUUAUGCUUGAGAUGAGCUUUAUGUGCUAUCCAGAUUCUUAUUUCUCAUUCAGGAAAUAUGUAUUUUGGGUGCAUUGCUGGUUUGGUAUCUGGUUCUUCAGCAAUGAAAGAACCAGUGCAUAUUUUCUAUUUUCAGGCUGGUCCCUUUUGUGUAGUUUUCUUUCAGCUUGGCCAGUUCUCCCCCCAACUGGAGAAACACCCUUCUGCUUUUUCUUGACUCUUGACCAGUUUUGACUGUAACUUUCUUACCUUUUCAUUCCUAUAGAAAAGGCUGCCACGCUGCCACACGAACAGAGGAAACUGCAUGCAGAAAAGGUGAGGAUUUCAGAAGAGCUCAAAACUGCCCUUAAAGAGCCAUUCUUAGCCAGCAUUUCUAAGUAGAAAUUGCACUGCAAGCAUUCUAAGCCAAAAAUAGCCUAAAUCAACAAUUUUUUUUUGGGGGGGGGGAGCUUUGGUACUUUGGCUCAUUGGCAUAUUAUCAACUAGAUUCUAGUGGCCUCGCCUUUCCCGCAGUUAGCGAAAGGAGACUUUAUGGAAACCUGCUUAAUUUGGUUUAUCUUUAGAGAGAAUUUUAAUGUUGUUGUGUUUGAGACCACACAUAUUGGCCCUUGUGUACUUAACAGAGGACAUCCACUCUUAACCAUGGGUGUGUAAAUGAGAGAUGGUUUCUAGGACCCAUGUACCUAUGGGACCGCCUCUCCUGGCAUGCCCCGCGGAGGACCUUAAGGUCCACAAAUGACAACACCUUAGAGGUCCCAAGUUGCAAGGUAGUUAGAUUGGUCUCAACUAGGGCCAGGGCCUUUUCAGUACUGGCCCCGACUUGGUGGAACGCUCUGUCACAAGAGACUAGGGCCCUGCAGGACUUGACAUCUUUCCAUAGGGCCUGCAAGACAGAGCUGUUCUGUCUGGCCUUUGGUUUGGAUUGUCUGACCCUUAUGUUUCCCUCCCCUUAUGGUUUUGAUCUAUGGGCUACUAUUAAAAUGAGGCUGCAUUUUAAGUUAUAUUUUAUCUUGUAUUUUAAAUUGGUAUUUUUUUUAAAAAAAAAAAUUAUUGUAAUUUUAUUGGUGUUAGCUGCCCUGAGCCUGGCUCUGGCCGGGGAGGGCGGGGUAUAAAUAAAAUGUAUUAUUAUUAUCAUCAUCUGCUGCAGGAGUGUGGCCGUCUCCUGAGAUUUUAACUUGUCUUGGUAACUCUUGAAUUGUAGGUUGCCAAAGCAUUCUGGAUGGCCAUCGGAGGAGACAGAGAUGAGAUCGAAGGCUUGUCUUCCGACGAGGACAACUAAGGCCUGUAUGUUGUGACGAGGAUUGUUUCUUGCGUACCAGCCAUUGUUGGCUGCCAUAGCGAUUUUUCUUUGACGAAAGGCCUAGUUUUUUGCAUUGGGUGCAGCAGCGGCUGGAGAAAGACCGACUCCUUGCUCAGUUCCCACCCACUGAAAUGUGGAUGGCCCCGUUGUUUGUUUCCUUGCCUGGAUCUGUCGACGGGAACCUGGGAGCUAUCAAGUCAAUGAAGCAGCAGAUGUGUUGCUGUUGCAUCUCUGGAAGAAAAGAAAAAAUCAUGCUCCCUUCCCAACCCCAGCAGAGAGCUGUAAAACAUCUCUUUGUGAAACACUCAUUUGUGUACUGUUUACCGCCACACAUGCACAUCUUUUUAUUUGCCGUCAUUUCAAAGGAGAGACCAAGACCAAGGGCAGGGGGUGAGACAAUAAUCAGCAAGCCUUUGUUAGUGGGAUGGGGGGGGAGUGAUAUUUCUGGAUGUACUUGUACAUGAUGGGAAAAUUUGAGACCAAAUGGUACUCGCACAGGCUAAAAUGCUUUUUGAAUAUUUAUCAACUUUUUGUCAUCACAAUAGGCAUGAGAAAGGUAUGGUUUGAAAAUGUUCCCUCCCUGUUCUAUCCCCACCUCCAACCCCAACCCCCCAAUUCCUCUUAUGGCAGCUGAAAAUGUAGGUGCAGCAGUAAACAGGCAGGAGAAAGGCUUGCGCAGUCCUUUAGUAUUUUAUAAGCCCAGUUUCCUUGCCCUGUGUACCAGCUCCCAGUAACUGGGCAAGGUGAAUGAAGCUGAGUGUGGAAGAUUGCAACCCCAACAACUCCAUUAAAGAAGGACAGCUACUUCUGCAGUUUCUAGGGCAAAUGAUGGGAGCAUCUUGCUGCUAGAGAUGGGGGCAGGUGGGAGAAGAGAAAGAGGGUGCCCAACUAAGAGGCUUGAGGACCAUAGCUAGUCUGUCUGGCUCUCAUUUCACUGUAGUAGCGUAUGAAUGAGUGUGGUGCCCACCUCCUUCCAGAAAGCAGGGUUAGAGUGUCACUGUAGUCAAGAGUUGCUACAUGUAUGGAGAUUUUCCCGAUUGCUGCCUUCAAGUGUAGCCACUUGGGGUCAAAAGCUCUGUGUGCAAUCCCCCGGGAGAGGGGAAUUUUAUCUCUGACCAAGCAAUGGCAGAAUAUAGGAUUAAAUUCACUGCAGCAAAGGAAGAAUUAAACUGCUUUUGGUGCAAACAAAGUGUGGAUAGAAACAGCAUAAAACUUGAGUUUGCAGAAGCACCGGCGUUUCCUUUUCUGCUUUUGAAGUAAACGAAGGCCACAAUCCACUGAUAUUUCCCUGCAUAAGGGAAAGCCUUGGUUGGUUUCUUACUCAGCAUCAUUUUAUCACCGGGGUGGGGAGGGGCUUAUGCAGGGGGAUUUCCCCCGUAGAUGGUGAUCUAGACAUUAAUGGGAAAACCCACAGUGAAAGCCUAGUGUACCUCUUGUGUUUCUUUUGUGAACUGUAAAUGGGCUGAAUAAAGUUUGUUAUCCAUGAGCAGUAAAUCUUGAACCCUGGCAUUAUAGACAGUGAGGAAUAGUUUAGGGUCAUAAACUAAAUACUGU